AUGCGUUCAAAUCAUUCCAACUAUAGAAAUCAAAUAGUUGACUUAUGCACAAUAUUCGCAAUUGAAAACACUAAAUUUGAAACACCAGACAAAUGCGUAUUCAUAUGUCAGUUAUUGCAAAUUCUAUUAUCUCUUUAUUUCACGUGGAAGUGUCAUUUUUUCACCAGCUCAAAGUUUGAACAUGUGACUGAAUUCAUUGAGAGUGCUAUUUUAAGUGCAAGUGGUUUGAUGUCUGUGAUAGAAAUAAUUCGUUUUAAACAGAUUCCACUUGUUAAUACACCAAAUGAUGAAAAUGUGCAUUUAUCUGCACCAAUACAAGAAGAUGAAAGGAAAGAAAAAGUCCAUUUAAAACCCUCAGUAUUCAACUUUUGUCACUUUAAUUAA